GCUAAUUCUACAGCUGUCAAUGUUUGGGACCCCGAGCGUAGUUUAAUAGAGCGCUAGAGCUGAAAAAGUUAGCCGAGGCAGUAAAAUUAUUUGUUUAAAGAUUUAACUGUCACGAAUUUGGAGUAAUGCGGACAACUGAAAGAAAGUGAAAAGCUAGCUGCCAUGACUGUAGUAAUUGGAUUUGAGGGCAGUGCCAAUAAGAUCGGCAUAGGAAUCAUCAGGGAUGGUGAAGUGCUUUCCAACCCUAGACGGACCUACAUAACCCCACCUGGUCAAGGGUUCAUGCCGAGUGACACCGCCAGGCACCACCGUGCUGUCAUACUGACCGUCCUGAAGGAGGCGCUGGAGCAAGCAGGGCUGAAGCCUGCGGACAUCGACUGUGUGGCGUACACCAAAGGUCCUGGUAUGGGUGCCCCCUUGGUAACAGUGGCUCUGGUGGCUCGCACAGUCGCACAGCUUUGGGGGAAGCCGCUCCUCGGUGUCAACCACUGCAUCGGACACAUUGAGAUGGGCCGACUCAUCACAAAAGCCGACAACCCCACCGUGCUUUAUGUUAGUGGAGGGAACACACAGGUUAUUGCAUACUCGGAGCAGCGGUACAGAAUAUUUGGGGAGACCAUUGACAUCGCGGUUGGCAACUGUUUGGACAGAUUCGCCAGAGUUAUAAAGAUUUCCAAUGACCCCAGUCCAGGCUACAACAUAGAGCAGAUGGCCAAAAAAGGGAGUCAGUACGUGGAGCUGCCAUAUACAGUAAAAGGAAUGGAUGUCUCAUUUUCUGGGAUUCUGUCCUACAUUGAGGAAGUGUCUCAUAAGAUGCUGAGCUCUGGUCAGUGUUCAGCAGAGGACCUGUGCUUUUCCCUGCAGGAGACCGUGUUCUCCAUGCUGGUGGAGAUCACUGAGAGGGCCAUGGCUCACUGCGGCUCCCAAGAGGUCCUCAUCGUCGGGGGUGUCGGCUGUAACCUGCGUCUGCAGGAGAUGAUGGGGGUGAUGUGUAAGGAGAGAGGAGCCAAGCUGUUUGCCACAGAUGAACGAUUCUGCAUAGACAACGGCGCAAUGAUUGCUCAAGCCGGCUGGGAGAUGUUUAGGUCAGGUCAGGUGACGGAGCUGGAAGACUCGUGGAUUACACAAAGGUACAGAACAGAUGAGGUGGCGGUGACGUGGAGAGCCUGAGUGAUGUUGUUGCAGCAGGUCUGUUAUGACAGGUGGUACCAGAACUCCUGGCCUCUGCAGACUCUUGAAUUCUGGGAAAGUUAAGCAUUUUGCUUAAGAGACCCAGAUUAUGUUUUUUCCCCCUGCUGCAUUAUGAGGCAACUUGUAGCAAUGAAAUAGGAUUUUAAAAUAUUGGGAGAUAUUUAGCUCACAGAUGUUUCAGGUGAAGUGCACACUUUCUUCUGUCAGUGGUGGAGGGGAAAACAUGGAGGGUGAGAUCAGAAUAAGCAACUUGUGUCUCAACAUUUCAUUAACAUAAUCCAUUUGUCUGUACUUCUACAUGUAAAGGCUUGAAUACAGCUUUUCUCCGUAAAACUAUCUGGCUGUAUAAUUUGGUGACAGUGAUAAACAAGUUUACAGUUUGUGUUCAGUUAAACUGCUUUUUAUCCGUUAUCAUGCACUUAUGUUGAGGGGAACAGAAAUGUGAUUUUGAACUUUCAGCCUGUACAGUGGUAAAUCUGAACUUUAAAUAAUAAAAGAUGGAACUUA